UGUUUGGAAGCCAUGACAACAAACUUUGAAAAUGAAGGAACCUACUCCAGUGAAGUUGUCCUCCUGCAAAUCGUACCAGAAAAUUCUAAAAUGCACCGUUUACUUGGACAUACAUUCUAUCACCUGCCCUGGGGCGUUGUUGACCCGAUCAGAAGAUAUCUACCUCAGCGUGUGUGUCAUGGGUCAAUACAGGAAGACCCACUGCAUGCCUGCUAUCUUCCCUCUGCUCUUCAACCACAAGAUGGUCUUUGUCAGGACUUUCCCCGGUGUGGUUGACCCGGCUGAUGUUUCGGAACAACUGGAAUCUGACACCUCGACUUUGGAGCUGAUUCAGACGGUCCCUCCAGAGGGUGAGAUCCUGGCCACGGUGGAGGAGGGCACCCGAGACUUUGUCUUCCCGGGGCCCCGGCUGACUGCCAGCGAGGAGGCCCCUGAGAGACAGAUCUUGAUGAGGAAGAGCUCUUCGUUCCCUGGAAUCGCCCCCAUGGUGGAGUUUGCGACCACCGCUGUCAUCGAGGAGAUGGAUGCAGCGGAAAGCCAGCCCGCCACACCUUUGUGUGGCCUCCACCCAGAGAGGUCUUCUCCUGCCCGCCCCAGACGUAGCCCGAGGAAAAAAACAACAAUGUCCCCGUCACUGCGCUCCAUAUCCCAACCUAGCUCUCCCGCCACUCUGCGGCGCACCCAAGGGGACCCUGGGAAACGGAGUCCUUCAAACAGAGCGAAAGAGAAGGAUAAAACGGGCGACUCCGUCGUGUCCACGGAGUCGCCCGGGACCUCCCCUCUUCCAGCGCCAACCAAACCCGUUUCCCCCCGUCGCCGUCGCCAAGGUUCCCAGAGGACCAGGCCGGGCCGAGGUCAGCUCAGGGGGCCGCCUCCGCGCGCCGAGGCGUCCCCCCGGUACCAGCAGCCCACGGUGGCCUCUGUGUCACGCGCCCUGUCGCCCUACACCCACCGCCGGAUGUGCGAGCUCUCGGAGGACGCCCAGGCGCGGCUGGCCCACCUCCAGCUGGGCCCCCACCACUUCAGGAAACAGACCCUGAGCCAGCCCCCCUUCCAGGUUCCGUUUCACAGCGAUGUUUCCUUCUCGGAGUCACCCUCCUACCAGCCUGUCUCUCCUACUAGAGAUAGCGUCCUGCAUCGCUUUGGCUCUGCCCGCUACACAGCAGAUCACCCUGUUAUUGCCCUAGAUUCGUCUUUGCUGGGAAGCUACCGGCCCGAGUUAGCUGAGUCGCAGUCAGGUUCAACGGCGACCGGGUUGUCCCCUGAGGCUCAAAGGAGUUGUCGCGGAGAGAAGGGUCAGACAGGGACCCCUGUGGAGAAGGCGUGGUCCAUCCCGGGGCCCUCUUCCUCCAGGAGCCCGCCGCCUCUGGGACACUCGUCUAUCCAAGAACGGUUGCACUGCAGUCCCUCCGGCCCAUCGCAGUGGGAGCAGAUCCACAGCCGGGUCCAGAGGAUUCUACAGACCCACGGAGCAAGUCCCAAACGCCUUACGGAGGAGGAGAAGGAGGAGAGGCAAGAGAGGAGCGGGGAUUUCUGUGGUGGAGCUGACUGUGGCCCCCCGGCCCCACGGGACAGCGAUAGUCCAGGAGGAUGGGCUGGGGGGAUCUACGGCAGCAAACAGGGGUCCCGAGACGGCUUCCCCCGGCCUCACAGACUGGCCUUCGAGGAAAGCCUCGGCAAGAUCUACCAGAGUAUGUACCAGAAGGCCACCCACGAUGACUGACAGACCCCGACCACCGCCGGCUCAUGGAACAUCCCCGUUUCCACAGAAGACUGACGAAGGGAUGGCGAUGGAGCAAUAAACGUUUCCACUACGCCUGCAUCAAGUCACCUUCGGUCCAGUAGGUUUGUGGUGGAAAGCGCAGCUUUCAUCCCAUCUUAUUAGUUGCAAACUAAUUGUAAAGAAAUACGACACUUUAACAGCAUUUAUCUCAUGUAACACCUUUAAGUAUUAGGGGCUCAACAUUGUUUUUUGUAUAGAUUGUGCAAUUGUGUUCGAGCUGAUGUUAAAACAUUUUUACAGGACCAUGUCUUUGAAAACUUCUGAAUUACAUGUAUAAUAGGCCAAAUCAUAGCAGACAAUAAAAAAUGCACACCUAAAAACUUUA